AUGCAGGGCUUCAGUUCAGAGUUCUUGUUUGAGAAAGGACUGAGCAUUCCAGGAAAUUAUGGCUAUGACACGGAAAUCGGUGAGUUUGGUGCUCAACUUUCUGGUGGUCAAAAGCAGCGAAUCGCGAUUGCCAGAGCGAUUGUACGUCGGCCUGUUGUACUUCUUUUGGAUGAAGCGACUGCAGCUUUGGAUAGUGCUAGUGAAAAGGUAGCUGCUCUUCGUUAUUCACAUGUUUCAGUAGCACAUCGAUUGUCUUCAAUAAGAGGUGUGGACAAAAUCUGUGUACUCGUCGAUGGCGCCAUAGUUGAAGAGGGUACCCACGAUGCACUGAUCGCUAAACGUGGCCUGUACUACAACAUGACACAAUCCGCGUAA